GACCGAAAUAUACAAAAGACGUAAUGCUAAAAAAGGUUUUGUAGCUUAUUAAACAGUGUUUACCUGAGCUCGCCGUACGGCAUUCGGAGCAUUUAAUUAAAUAAACUCGUGGCCGCGGUUAAAACCUAACACAAAUAUGGCAGAUGAUACUAAUGAGGAUAGCUGGUUGUACGGGACAUCAAAUCCAGACUCAACGACCACUGAACUAUCGAACGGCAGCGAUGCACUAGCGGCGGAGCACGAGGCACUUGCUGCAGUUACCGGAGAGAAGCCUGGAGCUGGUUGCCCAUUGCCCGCCUUUCCCAAAGAGGAGUUGCUCGAAUAUGCCGACUUCGAGGAUCCCGCCAAGGAAAUGGAAGAAGAUGAAGAAGCACUGCCGGACAUAACGGACAGUGCGCGAGUAGCACUGGGCAUAGAAGCUAGCGGCAGCAGUUUGGAUGAUGCUGGCUCGCAGGGGGAAGAUGCCGAUAUGGCGGAUUUAACGGUUGGUGCACCUGCUGCGGUAUCGCGGAAAGAGCGAAAUGGCUCUGGAUCCGAUGAUGAUGACGAUGACGAUUCUGAUGAUGAUAUCAAUGUGGUUAUUGGCGACAUCAAGUCGGCACCCAGCACCUACAAUAUCAAACAACGACCCAAUUUAUUGGCAGGCGCUACAGCGGCUGAUAAAGCGAAGCCAACGGCGCAGGCCGGCAAAUUUAGCAUCGAAGACUUCGAGGGCGCUGGAACCAUUAACGGCGUUGCCGUGCACGAGUUUAGCAUUGACUCGCUGGAGGAGAAGCCCUGGCGUAAGCCUGGCGCUGAUAUUACCGAUUACUUUAACUAUGGCUUCAACGAAGAAACGUGGCGUGCGUAUUGUGAGCGUCAGAAACGGUUUCGAGUGGCCGAGAGCGGCGUGGGGUUGGCCAGUCUUACCCAAAAUGUGAAUCAGAGUGCCACGUCAAUGGGCAUGCCAGAUGGUGGCAGCACGGGCAACAUAGGCGUUCCCAUGGGCAUGGGCGCUCCCAUGCAUCAUCACCAGCCAAUGGUGGUGCUGGGCGACGGACCCAUGCAAAUGCCGCCGCCGGGCAUUCCGCCCAUGAUGCAGCAUCAGCCGCGGCCUGGCAUGGGCAUGAUGGCACGACCGCCGCGUCCCAUAUCCACCACAGGGGGCGUAAAGGAGAAUGCGAUACAAGUAAUGACGGCGGAGUGUCGUGAGUAUUCGCGUGGCGGUCUGGGACCUAUGGCACCCAAUUUCCCACCUCCGGGUGCUGCCGAUGAGCCCUUCUUCCAUGAACCGGAACCGUUCGACUAUGGCUACGAGCCCACUCAGGAAUCACAGUGGGGCAAUGAUAAUGCCGGCUGGGUGCCCACUGGCAUUAAGGAGCUUACGCCUGGCCCCGCACACCACCCAUCUCAGCAGCAACAGCCGCCGCCACAAAUAGGCGGACCACCGGGUAUGCCGCCUCAAAUGAAUGUACCACCACCCCAAAUGAGCGGACCACCACCACAGCUGCGGGGACAGCAUGCGCCGCCCGGCAUGAUGCCACCCAACAUGCGGAUGCCUCACAACAUGGGUAUGGGCCCGCCGCCUGGUAUAUUGCGCAUGCCUCCCAACCUGAAUAUGGGACCCCAGCAGAGGAUGCCCAUGGGCGGCAAUAGCGGGAACGGCAGCACCUCCAAUAUGCCCUCGUCUUCUUCAUCAGAUCGCAGAGCAGAUGGCUACGAUGAUGACCGUGAAAGGCGGCGACGUGAAAAGGACAAGCAGCUAAAGAAGGAACAGCUACGCAAAGAUUUUCUGGACAUGUUGCGUGAGCGGCACGAUAUUGAGCGUCAUACGCGCUGGUAUGAUAUUAAGAAAAAAUUCGAAGCGGAUCCACGUUAUCGGGCAUUGGAUUCAGCUUAUCGUGAGGAGUACUUUGAGGAUUAUCUGCACCUACUCAAGGAGGAGAAGCGUAAGGAGCGUGAUCAUAAGGAGCGCGAUAGGGAGCGAAGCAAUCGUGAAAAGGAGCGCUCGCGUGAUAAGGACAAAGACAAGGAAAAGGAAAAGGAGAAGGAAAAGGACAAAGAGAAGGACAAGGAUAAAGAUAAGGAUAAGGACAAAGAGAAAGAAAGCUCGAGACGUGAGGGACGGUCGCGAUCACGCGACAAGUCCAGUCGUCGGAAAUCCAAAUCGCGCGAAAAGGAUCGCAGCGAGCGUAGCAGCAAACAAAGCAGCGCCACAACUUCGUCCGGUUCGUCCAGUCGAAACGAGAAGAAGAAAUCACAUCGUAAGGAAAAAGAAGAGGAGGAAUAGCAUUUAUUUAGGUAUUAUAUGGAAGACGAGCAGGCCGCUCUUUAAGCUGCUACAAACUAAAACACACACACAAACACAAACACAACCACAAACAAAUUCAAAGCAUACCGAAAAAAACACUUCCAAUAAUAAACACCUACAACUUAAGCAAAA